AUGCAUAGAGAUACUUUUAAAUCAAUCUGGUCUAAUUUAGAUUAGGCUUUAGGUGAUUCCUCUUUCUCUUCUUAUUAUGCUUCUUAUCAAAGAAGAAAUACUCCAAAUAAAUACAAAUCUUCAAAAAGUGAAUUGUUGUCAUUAACUGCCACAAGAAUCAGAUUUGUCUGUCCCAUGAAUAAAAGAGAUAGAUUUGUUGAUCUACUUUUAGAGGCUAGAGGUUAAGAUAAUGAACUUGACAAAAUCACUAUUGAAAAUAUAGAACGUCACUUUGGAGUUGAUUUCUUGAAAUUAGAAUCCAUGCAUUUAAAACUGAAUGCAGCUAAGGUAAUAGGAUCAUAAUUAAAAAAUGAUGAGAAAUACUUAAAUGUUAUUUUAGGGAACAAUUAAUUUGGAGAUGAGGGUUUCAAGAUUCUCACUACUAAUCUUUUCUACAAUAGAUGCAUCAUCCAUUUGGAUAUUAGCAAAUCAGUAACUAAAACUCACAAACCAUAUAGUGUAUAACUCCCAAAGGAUUUCGUGAUGCCCUACCCUACUUGAAACCGAUCUAUACUCUUGUCUCCUUGAAUUUGUCUGGAAAUCGAUUAAGCAGUGUUGGAAGCAAAGCUCUGUAAUAAUUAGUUGAUUAGC